AUGUCCGACUUCGACGCCCUCCUCGCCGACUACACUUCGAAAGAAAACCCGAAGGUACACGGAGUAAUAUGCAAAUGCGUAGAUAAGAAUGGAAAGGAAAUUUACAACAAAAUAGCGGGCUACAACUCCCUCGCCGCAGAUGCCGCACCCCUCCAUGAAUCCGCCGUCCUCAAACUCGCCAGCGCCACAAAGCUCAUCACCAGCAUCGCACUCCUCCAAUGCAUCGAAAAAGGCCUCAUUACCCUCGAUUCACCCCUCGCCGAGAUCCUCCCUGAGUUCGCCAACGUCCAAAUCCUCACCGACGUCGCGGGAUCAGACUUCACCUUCGAACCAAACAAAACCGGCAUCACGGCGCGACAUCUUCUGUCGCAUACUUCCGGAUUGGGAUAUCCGUUCACCAAUCGAUUACUGGGUCUUAGGGCAGAGGCCAGAAAGCAUCUUACACCUUCGCUCCGCGUGACGGAGAAAUAUGGGUAUCCGUUAGUGUUCGAACCGGGCAGUGGAUGGUUAUAUGGCUGUAGCCUCGACUGGGCUGGGGUGGUUGUCAGUCGUCUACAUGACGGGAUGUCCUUAGAAGAAUACAUGAUCGAGAACAUCUGGAAGAAAGUAGGCCUUUCGGCUCCCUUCCCGCGAUUCAAUAUCUCAACCCAUCCCGAAUACAACGCACGGAUCAUGCACGGCGCCGUGCAAACCAGCGACGGACGACUGGAACCCUGCGAUAGCUGGGCCUUCGAUAACCCCGAAGAUCAAGAAGGGGGCAGCGGCCUCUCCUCCACGACGAAGGACUUUCUCGCCGUGCUGGCAGAUUUGAUCUCGGAGACUCCCAAACUAUUGAAACCGGAAACCAUCUCGGAGAUGUUUACGCCGCAGCUUGUGCCUGGUUCGGCCAGUGUGAAGAUGCUCCUAGAGUUACGGCCUGCCUGGGCAACCGUGGCUGGGCCUGUGGCGGACGAUGCGGUGAAUCAUGGGUUGGGUGGUGUGUUGUGUACUGGGCCGGUACCUGAGAUAGGGCAGCCUGCGAAUGUGCUGGCGUGGGGCGGGGCGACUAAUAUUGCCUGGUGGGUUAGUCGCGAGUUGGGUGUCGCGGGCUUUUUUGCGACGCAGCAGGCUCCGUUUGGUAAUCCGACAGUGACGGGGCUUGUGAAUGCCUGGAAGAGAGAUUUUUGGAGGGGGUUUAAUCGGGGUCGGAGCAAGUGCCGGCACAGCUCCGGGUUGCGGAAUCCCCAUGGGGAAGAUGCCGGAGAUACACCAUCUGCGAACCACUCGGCGCAGAGCGAACAUGAUAGCCAACGUCCCGGUGGGGUUAACGGGGGGUCCAGGAAGAUGCUGCUCAAUAGAGUAACAACCGGAUACGCGGCAAUUAUUGCUCUCAGCAUUGGCUUGGCUCAUGCCACCGUAUUCGAUAUACCUGGCAUAUUCCCGGCCAUCCCUGGCGUGGCCCCAUUCGAGUCCAUCGACACGGCACAGUAUUUCAAAAGAAACCCUGGAGACUUUGUCCAUCCCGGGAUUUGGCAUACGCACGAGGACCUCGAGCGCAUGCGGGACAAUGUGCUCCGUAGCAAAGAACCCUGGGCAUCGGCGUACCAACGCUUCCGCGCCGACCAAUACUCCCUCGCCAAUUACACGAUGGAGGGACCCGCCGCUGUGAUUUCCCGGGGUAAAAUCAGUAACUAUACGUCGUUUGCGCAUGACGCACGAGCCGCAUGGCAGAACGCCCUGAUGUGGUAUAUCACCCGCGACCAAUCGCAUUGGAGCCGCAGCACCAGCAUCCUGGACGCGUGGGGGUCGAAUCUGACGGAUAUUGUCGGUAUUGACCGGUCGCUGCUGAUUGGACUGGACGGAGACCUAUUCGUCAAUGCAGCGGAGAUCAUGCGAUGGGAAGGGAAUUGGACUGAGUCCGGUAGUAGAUGGCAGGGGGGCAGUGGGUUCAGCAAUCAGCUGUACUGGCUGUUCUCCCGACAGUCCGUUGCCAUUGGGCAGGCGAACUACGGAAUGGCCAGCAUUAAGGCAUUGAUGAGCUUCGCGGUGUAUCUGGACGAUGUGCAAUUGUAUAAUUAUGCCGUUCAUGCGUUCAUUCACGAUCGUUGUGCCGGGUUAUUGGCCAUGUACCACCCCAAGACAGGGCAGUCGGUGGAAGCGGGGCGUGAUCAAGGUACAGUACCUCCUUACUUUGCUGAUUCAAGACCGACCGAUAAGGCAAGCAUGCUGACAGCAUCAGGCCACACCAUGUCGGGCAUCGGGUGGACGGCAUACGGCGCUCGUGUUGGGCAAAGCCAAGGCAGCGAUCUUUAUAGUCUCGGGGGUGGCUUGUUACUCCGAGCGGCCGAGUACGCCGCGACGUAUAACCUGAACCACACCGUCUUUUAUGACCCCCAAUGGUACCGGUGUGAAGCAGUGCUGGUCAAUGGCCCGUGGCAGAACAUAUCCGAGGCCAAUCGUGGAGUCACCAGCAAGAACCCCAUGUGGGACAUUCUAUUUUAUGAAUACGUGGUGACGCGGGGAAAUGACGGGCCCUGGACCACAGCCGCGAAGGAGGCCCAGGGGUUCGCUGGUGGAGUCUCCUCCAACGACCACCCCAGCUGGGGAGAUCUGAUCUGGGCGCGGUAA